AUGUUGGAAUUUCCGAAAAGUUACCCCGAAUCUGAAAAUAUUCCGUAUGUUUCCGGAUUACCAUUAAUGUGGGCAUUGAUAAGACAAAAGCCUCAUGAUGAAGUUGAAGAAAUUAUGUCAAAAACAUCAGGAGACCAUGAAAUAUAUUUGACUCGAUUUGGUCCAUUUAAGCAAAUUAAUUUUGUAAGUCCCGAAUGUGUAAAAGAUUUACUAAUGGCAUCAGAGGAUGUCGCACCAAAAAUUGAAUUUCAUCCUGGGAGCGUUUUCUAUGAUUUUUUUGGGAAGGGAUUACCAUUUUCUAAUGGUGACUUAUGGAAAACCUAUAGAAAAUUAGCAACUCCUGCAUUUAAUAGCGCAUUACGUACUGAUAUGAUUGGUGAAACUACUAUGGAACUUUUCACGUUUAUGGAAAAGAAUUUAAGUGGACCGACCGAUAUUUUUAUUUUAUUGCAACGUAUUACGAUUGAAAUAUUGGGAAAAAUGGCCUUCGGUCAUCAAUUUAAUUGUUUGAAAUCACUUGAAAUUCCUCAUAUGAUAAAUGUUUAUAAAUAUAUUAUUUCAUUCGUUGAAUCUCCUCUUCGUAUUAUAUUUCCAUUCAUAAAUAAAUUACCUUUGGAAUCAAAUAAAAAAUUCCUUGCCGCUAUUAAAGAAUUUGAUAAUUUUAUUUAUGAAAUUAUAGAAAAGAAGAAGGAUGAAAUGAAUAAUAAUAAAAUUAAUAAUAAAGAAAAUAGUAAUGAUUUAUUAACUAAAAUGUUAGAAUAUAGUAAACAAGAAGGAAUUAAUACUGAUAACAAACAAUUAAGGGAUGAGAUGGUAAAUAAUUUCGUAGCGGGUCAUGACACCACGGCGGUUGCAUUAACUGUAUCACUUUAUUAUCUUGCAAAAUAUCCCGAAAUACAAGAAAGAGCUAGAUCGGAAGUAAUUAAUAUACUUGGGGAUAAAUUAACUAUACCAACUUCAGAACAAUUAAAAAAAAUGAAUUACGUUAAUGCAAUUAUUAAGGAAUCUUUACGAAUUCAUCCACCAACUACAUUAAUAAAUCUUCGAAAACCAUCAAAACCGAUUAAAGUUGGAUCUUACGUUGUACCUAAAGAUAACUUGUGUAUCGCGAAUAUAUGGCAAAUCCAUCAUAAUCCUAAAUACUGGGAAAAUCCAAAUCAAUACAAUCCCGAUAGGUUUUUGAUAAAUGAAAAAAGACAUCCAUUUUCCUGGAUCCCAUUUUCUGCUGGGCAUAGGAACUGCAUUGGACAAAAUUUUUCUUUAAUGGAACAACGAGUUAUACUUUCCAUGUUUUUACUCAAGUACGAAUGGACACUUCCAAAAGAUAGUAUUAACAAAGAAAAGUUGAUAUUAGAAUCUCAAUUUUUAUUACGACCAGUUAAUAUUGAACUUUUAUUUACUGAAAAGGAAUUUGUUUACCAAAAUUAA